GUGACUCUCGUGAUCUCAUAUAGUCCGUCACUGUCAGCAGUCAUCUCUGUACUGUCCGCAGUCUCUGGUCAUCCCUGUGCUGUCCGCAGUCUCUGGUCAUCCCUGUGCUGUCCGCAGUCUCUGGUCAUCCCCUGUACUGUCCGCAGUCUCUGGUCAUCUCCUGUACUGUCCGCAGUCUCUGGUCAUCCCUGUACUGUCCGCAGUCUCUGGUCAUCCCUGUACUGUCCGCAGUCUCUGGUCAUCUCCUGUACUGUCCGCAGUCUCUGGUCAUCUCCUGUACUGUCCGCAGUCUCUGGUCAUCUCCUGUACUGUCCGCAGUCUCUGGUCAUCUCCUGUACUGUCCGCAGUCUCUGGUCAUCUCCUGUACUGUGUCCGCAGUCUCUGGUCAUCCCUGUACUGUGUCCGCAGUCUCUGGUCAUCUCCUGUACUGUGUCCGCAGUCUAUGGU